AUGCAUACAAGAGGGUAUUCCAUAUUAUACCCGCACACCUACACACGCACGUACACAUGUUCAGUAAACAUGGGUUGCCGGCGACCGAGAAGGGAAACCCAUGGGACUCGCCAAAUCAGGAAGGCGCGUAAUGACAGUGUUGUGGUUGAUGCGUUAUCUUGCCUUCUCAUACACCGAGGCGCUGCAUAUUCGCCUGUCUAUCCUGCAGAUAGAUUAAAAUGCUCGCCGAGAAUACGUAUGCCAACCAUCGGUAUGCGAAUAUCGGCCACGGUUGGCGAGUCCUCGGCGCCGUGGAGCAUGCAGCAAACAGACAGACGGACAGAGAUGACGAGGAAUGCAUGCUCGCAGUAUGACGGAACCCGCCGAUGGGGAAAUCAAAGUGCGGCUUGUUACUCUGUGUAA